GGGCGGACAUGAUUAGGCUCGCCGUGCAGCAGCAAUUUCGAUUAACACAGCCGGAGUUAGAGGAAUUACGAAAGCAAUUAUAUUUCUUACUGGAGAAAAAAAUCAUCCGCCCGAGCUCCUCGCCAUUUGCCGCCCCCAUACUGUUCACCCCGAAGAAGAACGGCGGGUACCGAAUGUGCACUGACUACAGAGCACUGAACAGGGUGACUAUCAAGUCGCGUUACCCUAUCCCGCGCACCGACGAACUGAUCGAUCAACUUCCCAAAGCUCGUUACUUCUCCAAAAUAGAUUUACAAGGGGGUUACCUACAGAUUCGCGUAGUCGUAGCUGACUAUCACAAGACGGUGUUUCAUACUAGGUAUGGGAGUUUCGAGUACGUAGUUAUGCCCUUCCGGCUGACGAACGCCCCGGCAACUUUUCAGAUGACAAGAUCUUCAGUUCACUCGUAGCUAAGUGUGUUAUAGUUUACCAAGACA